CUGUUAGAAAUAAAAGCUUUCAAUUCUACUAAAUUACAACGUAGCAAGUAAUCAAACGUGAUAAUGCAAGUUGUAUUAUAGCUGUCAAUUUUUCGUACAUAGGGCAAGUACAUGUAAAGUUUUACAGUAAUGUAUGGAAUAGCUAUGGAUCAUAUGCUGCUGACUGUGGGACUCCUGCAAUUUUGUCUCGCCUGUUGACAUAUGCUGCUUUCAUUCGGCGUGUAGUUGAACGCGAGUAUAUCCUGUUCGCUUUGUAGUUCGCGUACAACUUUUUCGAUAUAGUCUUGAGCGCAAGUACACACAAUUAUGGUCGAUGAUGCUACGAGAAAAACCCUCAGUGGCAUCCCGUUAUUGAGAACUAAAGCGGGGCCACGCGACAAGGAUCUGUGGCCCUCACGACUAAAGGAAGAGUACCAAGCUCUGAUCAAGUACGUGCAAAACAACAAGGAAAAUGACAAUGACUGGUUCCGGCUCGAAUCCAACAAGGAUGGUACUCGGUGGUUCGGAAAGUGUUGGUACAUCCACGAGCUCCUCAAGUACGAGUUUGAUGUGGAGUUCGACAUUCCGGUGACAUACCCAACCACGGCUCCUGAAAUUGCAUUACCAUCACUGGACGGCAAAACAGCCAAGAUGUACAGAGGAGGGAAGAUCUGCAUGACAGACCACUUCAAGCCUUUGUGGGCAAGGAAUGUGCCUAAGUUUGGCAUUGCUCAUGCCAUGGCACUUGGGCUGGGGCCGUGGCUGGCAGUGGAGAUCCCCGACCUCAUCCAAAAGGGUGCGCUCAAACACAAGGAUGAUGCGCAGACCAAGUCGUAGUCUUGCGGCUGAAGUCGUGGUUGGCGCACUCAUCCACCUGCGCUUCCGCACCUCGAUGAGAGGGUGGCUGUGUGCUCAGUACAGGUUUUUUUUCUCCCUUUGAGGUAUGGAUAAAAAGCAUAUGUUUACACUUC